GUAACUAACAGAAUAUAGUGUCUCUAAUUGAGAUGAUCAAUAAUGGAUGGUUGGUUGAAAUGCUAUACUGCUUUGUUGAAAAAUGGCUGGUUGUUUGGUUGGUAGCUAAACUACUUAGAGCAACUACUAUAGAAACGAAGCAGUUUUGAGGAUAGCUAAUAGCAUCAUGCGUUUAAUAUGUGGUGACAUUGCGGUGCAGGGAAACGAGUAAGAGAUGAUAUCAUGAUUGCUACGAAGUUUGUACAGGGGAUCGUUGGAGAGGCUGCAAGUUUAGAAAAUCAGUAUGGGCCACUAGAAAAUCAGUAUAGGCCAGUUGCAUUGAUCGACUACUAACUAUGCUCCCCCACAUGAGUUGGCUCCCUUCUACGGUCUAGUGGCCAUGUAUUAACUGGUUACUACAAGUCUGCAACAAGAUAAUAGUGUUAGAAUUAAGUCUGAGUAAAUCUCUUUGUAAUGUUUGUAAACCCAAAUCAUCUCAGGGUCUAGUUCGAGCAGUGGAAGUGAGCAAUUACAGAACAAAGCAACUGAUAACAUUCACGAUUCCUCAAAGUCGGAGGAUUCCCAUUAUGCUCAGCUCAGGUUCAAUUCUCAUUAUUGAACAUGGGAGAUGAGCAUGUGGAGUUCACAUAAGUAUGUGAUAGUUUUGAGGUCAGGAGUGUUUGUGGAGGGCUCUAAGCAAAGGGUGGUUGUACAGGGGAAGGUGGGAAGGGAAGGGAAGGGAAGAAAAGAAGCAACCAAGGUAGUUCAAUCCAAAGAAGUGAAUGAUGAAUCUGGGAAUCCAAUUUGGAAGAAGCAAGUUAGAGCUGGAAGGAUAUCAAGCGCAGCAAGAAGUCCAAGAGAGAUAGAAUUCUAGAUUGGGUUUUAUGAAGGUAUGUAAGAAAUUAGACACACUUAGAGAUGGUUCUUUGUGAGAUGUUGUCACUGUUAAUCCAAUAUUGUUACUAAACACUUCUGUUAUAAUAUGCGAAAUUAUAUAUGUAUGGAGUAACUGUUGCUAUCUAUUAAUUGG